CAGACUGUUAUCCCAACUGAUUCAGAACCUUCCGUCGCACACGUAAUGACGUAAUGACGUAAACGUCUGUGCUGUUGGGUUGUGAUUUCCGGUGGCACGUAACGGUGCUGUCACUUGACAGGUAGCAGCAGGUGAUAAUGCUGAUGGAGGAAGGUGAGGGAGAGAAGACAAGGGAGUCAGAGCCUGUGCUUCAUACAAAGCCGCUGUGUCGCUUCUUCUCUCAAGGAAGACACUGCAAUUUUGGGAAGAAAUGCAGAUUCCUACACAUAAGAGAUGAUGAUACCAAAGCUUGUGAGACGAAAACCACCAGGACACCCAGCCAGUCAGAUGUCACAUCUCCAAACUCAGAGGUCCCUCGAGGAGAUGUGGAGCACAGGCCUCCUCCCAGUAGUGACCACAGGGUUGCCACAGCAGCCGGCCGCCGCCCCUGUCGCUACUUUAUCUCGGGCCACUGCACCAUGGAAGACAGAUGUCGCUUCUGGCAUCCACCACAGUUCCCCCCAGCGGAUGACCAGCCUGUUCCUGGCAAUUACCCAAGACCUGCGCAGAGGAUGCCAGCAGUACCGCGUCCCGGCAUCCUCCAGGAGGUCAAGCUGUGUGACCUGACGGAGGAUGUCGCCAAGCAGCUACGAGACACAGAAAUCAAGCAGUUGAAGAAACGUUUUCCCAAAGACCAGCUGAUUAUUCAAGAGCGAAGUGAUGGCAAAGUUACUUAUUACAGGGCGACUGUAGAGGCCACUGAUCCGGACUGGCCUUUUGAUCUGAAAGAAGUCGACAUCAUGGUGAGCUUCCCAGACAGUUACCCCCAGGAGAUUUUCACAGUGGACAUACCGUUGGACCAGGAGCUGCCACAAGUAAUGUCAAGACAUGUACAGCAAGCGUCACUGGAGUGGCUUCAAGCCAAGCAUGCAACCAAUCAGCUUCGGGGAAAGGUAGAGCUGCUCUUCCGGCCUUUUCUUCGCUGGCUAGAUCGUAGUCUGGAGAGACUGUUCACUGAAGGAGCUCGGCAGUUGAAAAAAGACGUUGAUUUAGAAAAAGCCGGAUUGCAGUUCAUAACGUACCAGGAGCUCCAGGCAGCAGUGUGUGAAAAAGCUGGGAAUGAUGCUGCAGAGGAGGAUGUCAGUGAAGAAAGAAAAAUGGAAAAGACAGAAGACGAGAGGACAGUGGAGGGAGGGAAGUUGGUGCAGCAGGAGGGUCCAGGUUGUGAUGAAGGGCAGGAGGAGGAGGAGGAGGAGGAGGAAGCCAGUCAUCGGGUGGAGAACAUUAAGAUCAGUGAUCCCCGCCGAGGCACUGAGGUGAAGCUGCUGGGACUGAGGCUGGGAGAGAACACAGCCACCGUAACGGCCCCACGAAUCACUGUUUGUCUUCAGUGUAACAGGUGUAAAGUGACUGCAGACCUGACGCUGAGUGGAAGGACACCCUGCACGGCUCAGUGUGAAAAGUGCAAUGCAAGCAUCGACGCUGCGUUCAGGCCCUGCAUGCUGCACCAUUACAGCGAUGUCCUGGGAUACCUGGACCUUCACAAUGCUGCACCUGCUGACCUCGUGCUUCAGGACUGUGACCUCAUUGUGGGCUGCCUCAGCUGCUCACAGGAGAGCCCUGUGCAGAGUGUUUCCUAUGGUCAGACAAAGGAGUCUAAUUGUGAACACUGCCACAGCAAACUCAGUAUUCUGGCUGAGAGCGCAAGAUUCCAGUAUAUUCCGCCACGGGCAAACAAAACAGGUCGAAGUGCUGGUGCUUUUAAUUAUAAGACGAUAAGAGAUCCUGCUGUGCAAAAGGGAAAGCCACUGCCAGAAAAAGGAGUAUGCAAACAUUACAAACAGAGCCAUCGCUGGCUGAGGUUUCCAUGCUGCGGUCGGGCUUACCCCUGUGACGUGUGCCACGAUGAGGACCAGGACCACCCCAUGGAACUGGCAAACAGGAUGAUCUGUGGUUACUGUGCCAAAGAGCAGCCGUACGGCAAUGGAAAGCCAUGCAUCAGCUGUGGAAGCAUGAUGACGAGAGGUACACGCACCAGCCACUGGGAGGGAGGACUGGGAUGCAGAAGCAAAGUCAAAAUGAGCAGAAAUGAUCGACACAAAUAUGCCAACACCAACAAAACGAUUUCAAGGAAGGCCGUCAGUGAGAAGAAGUAGUCGGUGAAGAAGAGCAUUAUCGCCUUAAUUUGUGAAAAGACAAUAGGCCUCAUGCAGCAUCUAAAUUUCAAGGCAUGCGGUGGGGGUGGGGAGCGUAUGCAUUGAAACAGACAUAGGCCUAUAUUACUAUCGUUACUGGUACUGUUAAAUGCACUUAAACAAUGUAAAUGUGAUUUUCCAGAGCUGGCAUUUACAGUGAAAUUUGAAAAGCAUCAAAGAGCCACACAAUAUUACCUAAAGGUUUUUAUAGUCUUAAAUGGAUCAAUGGACCAAUGGCAAUUCUUUAGCUCACAAAUUUAAUAAUCCAGUCAUUAAAAUGACUCAAUAAUACAACAUAUAAUGAUCUAAAUUUGAUUACAUUAUAUUCAUGUGGACUGAAAACAAGAUGUUUUUUCUUAUCGCAAAAAAAACAAAACUGCUGCUGAAUCCCAGAAAUCAAUGGUUCCUAACAAAAUAAGAACAAAUCGAUGGUUACUAACAAAAAUAAGAGAAAAUGUGUUUGUGUAUCGCUUCCUGCAUGAAGCCCAUUAUUAGAUACAUGAUUUCAAUGAAAUUUUUGCACAUUUUCCCCAAUAAAUCAUGUUGUUAUGAUCAUU